CCAUCCUUUAGCUUAACUCCCCAUCUUUCUUAGAGUUUAAUUUCUCUCGAGUCUCUGUUGUCAAUUCCUCAUUCUCCGCCGCCGUCGACCACCCAUAACCCGCCUUCUAUCCACCACGUAGCCAUUUCCAACCGGCCUUCUGUAAUUAGAACUCCGUUUUCAGUCAUAGCUCAGCCGUCGCACUUCUCCUCUAUCAAAGUUGCUGGGGUUAUCCUCAUAAAAUGGUAAGCUUAUCUUUUUGUUUUGAAUCCUUAAAUUCAAUUAAAUUACUCCUAAUUGAAUAAAAUUUGGAAUUUAGGUUCAAAAUUCUCUUAUUUAGAUUUCGUUUUGUUAUCUAGAAAUGCUUGUUUUAGGAACGAUUGAAUGAGUCAAUAACCAAACGCCUUCGGUAUAUGCAUCUUGCAAUGACUAAAAAAAAAAGGUUUGAUAAGGCUGUUAAGACCAACGCUCAGUUUGGCAGUGUGUAAAACGAUUUUCAUGGAACCUCUCAAUCAUUAUAAAUUUUUUGGUUUGGCUAGGGAUGGAAAAAUAAUUUUCCAUAACUCCCUCAAGGGUGGAAGAACAUUUUCUAUUUGAAAGAGAGGGAACCACAUUUCCUCCUUUCCUCCUUAUCCCCUUCUCCCUUUUUCCUCAAUCUUCACCAUCUUCUCCCGUUUCUUUCAAGGAACCAAACACAAUAAAAUUAGUUUGGAAUUGUAUUUUCCCUUGUAAAAUGUUUUCCAUAAAAAAUCAUUUUGCACUGAAAACGUUUUACACCAAACCAAACAGAGCCUAAACAUGGUGAAUUGUCAACCGAACAUGCCAAAACAACAUUAUGGUUGAAUAUCAAGAUCUCAUCGUACUUAGUAUCGAGUCGUAUCGUUGAAUCAAAAGUUCAAAAACAGUUGUAGAGAAGAGGGAAGUGCAUUUUCACUAUUGUUAACUUAUAGGCAAUUGGUCUUCUUGAAGCUGUAGAUUUUAGUGCGGAAGCUGAAAGCAUCAUUCAGCCAUCUACUAACUUAUAAUAAGCUAUUCAAUAGAGGAUAGGUUCAUUAACCGCAAAUCAUGCAAGCAUCCACAUAACCAGAAUAGAAACCGAUUUCAAUUGAAUACACAUUUGAAAUAACCCUACAAAACCAGUAUUGUUUGUAAUUUAGCAUUAGUGUUGUACGUUUUGGCCAAUUUAACACUGGUUACUAGUUUAGAAUUUAGUCUAAUUGAUCUUGUAUCACACCCAGGAUCAGCCACUAUAAUCUGUUGAUGAGCCAACCAGAUCAUGACCAACUGGGUUGGUUACAUGAACACAUAAUUAGCAUUAGCAAACUCACAAAUUCAUAUGAGAAAUCUGUGAUAUAUUGUUUCCUAAUGAAUGGCAGCACUCUCACUAUGGUUUUGAAAUAGAUUGUAGGAAAAUCAUAUAUUGAUUAAAAAAGGGGCAGCAUAGGAAGCAGCACAAACAUUAAUCAGUAAUAAUAAAUAACAUAUGAAUCACUUGGAACUUCUAAACAAAAAAAUGAGAAAUAAGGAAAGGGAAAGGCCGAAAAAUUAUUUAAUGGAGGAAGAAAAAGAAGAUAAUUAGGAAACACCUCCCCUGUCCCCGGUUUCCAACACUGAAAGGGUUGGACGAUGUGAAUCUUUUGACCUAAACCUCACAUUAUGUCUCCAAUAAUGGCUGAACAAGUAACCAACGACUGUGAUCGGCUUGACCCACAUACGUGAAAGAAAGCAGGCUUGGGGAUAAUCUUUCUUCUAAAAGAAAGAAGGAAAAACAAUUCUUCCAAAGUUAAAGCAAAAAGACAUGAUCAGAGUGUCAGCUCGAUGAAGGAUUGAGAUGUAAAGACAAUUUUGGCUACUUACAGUAUAAGGCGAUAACAAAAAGGAGGCUCACUCGCACAGGAUUAGAAUACAGAAGUUAGCAAAUGGCAACAAUUAUUUAAGUCUUUAAUAGAUAAGCUUUUCUCGUGCCUCAAAGUAUGGAAGCACUUGCAUCACAGUCACUACCAUACUUGAAUUUCAAGAGAUACUUGCCUCUGAAAGACCAUUCUAGGUGUAAUUUUCACCCAAAACUGCAUGCUCAAGUGGCCUCAACAUCAAAGGAUUUAUCAAUGAGCCAUCAUGUGCUAGAUAAGAUGCCUACGACAGAUACUUUUUCUUGGAACCAUCUGAUCCGAACCCAUCUUGAGAUUGGAGAGAUAGACAAUGUCAUGUACAUAUAUCAGAAAAUGUUGAUACGAGGUGUUCGUCCUGAUAAGCACACAAUUCCUCGAAUUUUGGCUGCUUCUCGCCUUUCAAAUUCAUUGUUUCUUGGUAGACAAGUUCAUGCUCAUGCUGUUAAACUCGGUAUUUCUUGUGAAGACUAUGUCAUUACUGCUUUGAUGAAAAUGUAUGGCCAUUUAGAUGGUGCCAAAACAGUGAAACAGGUAUUAAAUACGUCGAGUGUGGGAAAAAGCUCCAUCUUUGGGACCUUGCUAAUCUCCAUGUACUUAAAGGAAAAUAAACCCAGAUUUGCAAUUGACAUGUUCUACCAAAUGGUAACUUUGGGGGCUGAGAUUGAUGCAGUGGCAAUAAUGACUGCAGUUGGUGCUUGUAGCAUGCUGCAAUCGUUACAUGAAGGAAGAAAAGUACAUGGGAUAGCCAAAGCUUGUGGAUUGGAAACUCAUGUCUUGGUAUGUAAUUCCUUGCUGAAAAUGUAUGUGGAUUGUGGAAGCAUUGAAAAUGCUCGUGAAGUUUUUGAUGCUAUGUCAUCUAGAGACUCCAUCUCUUGGACAGAACUGAUCCGUGGUUAUGUGAAGAAUGGGGGAUUCAAUGAAGGUCUCAAAUUGUUCAAAAAGAUGACGUCAGAAGGCAUUCGCCCUGAUCCACAUGCAGUAUCAAGCAUUUUACCUGCUUGUGCAAGGAUGACUGCCCAUAAGCAGGGCAAAGAAAUUCAUGGUUACUUGAUUAGGAAUGGUGUUGAGAUGAACGUUACAGUGGAGAAUGCUCUUAUAGACAUGUAUGUCAAAUCAGGAUCCAUCGAAUCUGCUUCUAAGGUCUUCAGUAGGAUGGUAGUUAAAGAUGCCAUUUCAUGGACAAUCAUGAUAUAUGGCUACAGCCUUCAUGGACAAGGAGCACUUGGGGUUAAAUUGUUCCAUGAAAUGAAAAAAUACAAUCUUGAAAUUGAUGAAGUUGCAUAUUCUUCUGUUCUCUAUGCUUGUGUGGUAGCGAAUUUGGUUCAAGAAGGGAGGACGUUAUUUAGUUUUAUUAGGAGACCUAAUGUCAGGCAUUAUGCUUUAAUGGUUUUGCUUCUGGCCCGUGCUGGAUUUUUUAACGAGGCAAAGAUAUUUAUUGAGGUAAAUAAAAUUGGACAACAUGCAGAGGUGGUAAGAGCUUUGUUAGAUGGAUGCAGGAACCAUCGAAAUGUUAAAACAGGGAAGAAAAUCAUUGAGCAACUUUGUGAUUUAGAACCACUUAAUGCUGAUAAUUACAUUUUGUUGUCAAAUUGGUAUGCUGUCAAUGCAAAAUGGGACUGGGUUGACAAAUUGAGGGAAACAAUCAGAGACAUGGGUUUGGUACCUAAGAAAGCAUAUAGUUGGAUAGAGUUCCACAAUAAAAUUCAUGUAUUUGGGACUGGUGAUGUGUCCCAUCCAAGAUCUGAAAAAUUGUACUGGGAUCUCCAAUGUUUGAUGAAGAAGAUAAAAGAAGAGGGAUAUGUUUCUGACACAGAUUUUAGUCUCCAUGACGUUGAUGAGGAGAGAGAAUGCAUCCCAGUGGGGCAUAGUGAAAUGCUUGCCAUUUCCUUUGGGUUAGUUAGCACCCGCAGGAGUACAAUUCAGAUAACUAAAAACAGUCGUGUUUGUCACAACUGUCAUGAAAUGGCCAAAGUCAUAUCUAGACUAGAAGCCCGUGAGAUCAUAUUGAAGGAUCCCAAUUGCUUUCACCAUUUUAAGGAUGGACAUUGCUCUUGUGGAGACUUGUGGUAAUGUUUCAUUGUGAAGGUAUAUAACUUCAUUGCUAUGAACCUGAAGUGCAUUAGCUGAGAAUAGGUGAAGAUCAACUAUUCCUUCUGAUGUUUGCAAUCCGGUCUAUCAAUCUCAGUGUCAGGAUUGGGGAAUAUGGCUUAAUUGCAUAAAUUAGAGUGAUGCUGAUGGGUUCUUCUUACAUGAGAACUGGAACAGAGACCUUAGAGUCUUUCAUGACCGCUAGUCAUCUUUGUUGUUAAGCAGUCUCUUUUCUCUCUGAGAAUAAAAUAGCACCAACACUUCCAGUAGCUAGUCUAGGCCAACAGGCUAAGUUAUGGUUCAGUUUCCAACAAUAUUGGGUGAUUGACCGAGGAGGUCCAUGUGAAAUGACUGGGUCGUUAAUGCUUCAGAUUUGUUUAUCUAGAGGGUUAUGUUGAUUAACUGAUGACAACGGUUGAAGUUCUGGUCUUAUAGUUAAAGUCAUUGAGACAUGAAAGGCCAGAAGCUGCAGUGAUGAACAUCCUGAAUUUUCUUUGUUACUGUAUCUAAAUGUAAGUGCCGCUGUAAAAGCAGGUUUAUUUUAUCCAAGUGGAAUUUUGAGAGGACAUGGAUUUCCAUGGGAGCAUGAAAUGUGGUUCACAUGGUCUUUUUUGAGGGACCAAGAAUUGUUGGCUGGAUGUUGGAAGUCCAAAGUUCCAGUUUAUCCUACGAGGAAAAGAGGUCUAUCAUUGCAAAAAGGUAUGGAGUUGUUCUUACUACUGUUCUACUAAGGCCUAAGGCUGUUUUACAAAAGAUUCUAUUCCGAGGUUUGUUUUUCAUUCUUUAGAUAGCAUUUUAGUGAGAUGAUCAUGUCAAUACCUCUGACUUAGUCAUAGAUAAAUCAUGAAUGACAUGCGAAUAAUAUUUUGUACUCUUUAAUAUACCAUUAGUACACCUUACUGCUUA